AUGAAAUCAAAUACUCAGAGAAGUAGAGACGAGGAUAGACACACGAUCGUGACAAUCAUUGACAACAUUGAGGAACUUCCAACAGUUGAGCCGACAGAGACUGACCAAAUUUCCAUUUUAGGUGAGUCCAUUAAUGGAGAAGAGAGCACAGAGCUGAUUGGGGAUUUGAAGUCAGGAAUGGGUAUUGUUGUUCCAAUCACCAUAGAUGACCCACCCAACUUAUUGGUCUCGGCUAAGAAGAGGAAUAAGGAUUUGGGUAAAGCUACAAUUCCUAUUCUCAAAGCCACCUACAAAGUUUUGCAUUCUAACUACAGCAAGAAUGCUAAGAUAAAGCAGGUUAUGUUGGUAACUACCAAAGAUGAUGGCUUGUUAUAUGAACCCAUUAUUAAGGAAUUGAAGGGAAGGACCAAGACUGUCAUUCCUCAUCUUCCAAAGCUAUUUAUGCUCUCCCUAAAGGGCACAUCUGCACUAGAUUUUGGCAAGGCUUGCAAACUAUUCCUUCCCAGAUGA